CUCCUCCGCAGAUAUAAAUUCACCAUCUUUAUGUCAUCACUCUCAGAACCCAGAACCCUUUCUUCUCUCUAGAAGCCACCACUUUUUCAUGUCUUUGUUUCUGCUAAUCACAGUUUGAAAUGGUCGCGUGAAAAUUAAGAUUUCAGCAGAUUCUUUGUUUCAAUUCCUUUAAAAGGGAGGAGAUUUAAACCAUUUCUCCACUUUCUAUCAGACCCAGAAUCUGCUAGCCGUUUGUUUUUGCUCUGUAAUUUUUUUUUCUUCUAAAAAAUGGGGAAGAAAGAUCAGUUUUUGAACGAGAAUGAACAGAGAGUUCAUGCUGUUCUUGAUAUCAUCAGGAAACAAACUCCCCUGUCUCUUAAACAGGAAAAAUUCUGCAGUAAGGUUUGUGUAGAGAGGUUUUUGAAAGCCAAAGGGGACAAUGUGAAGAAAGCUGCUAAGCAACUGAGAGGCUGUCUUGCUUGGAGGGAGUCUUUGGGAAUAGAUCGUCUUAUGGCAGAUGAUUUUUCAGCAGAACUUGCAGAAGGUGUGGCUUAUGUUGCUGGUCAUGAUGAUAACUCUAGGCCUGUUAUGAUUUUCAGGAUCAGACAGGAUUACCAGAAAUUCCAUUCACAGAAAAUGUUUACUCAGAUGUUGGCCUUUACGAUGGAGGUUGCUAUUCAAACAAUGGCAAGACAUGUUGAGCAGUUUGUGAUCCUCUUUGAUGCCAGCUUUUUCAGGUCUGCCUCAGCUUUUCUGAACAUACUGUUGGCAGCUCUCAAGGUGGUCGCCGAUUACUACCCUUCUCGCCUUUACAAGGCCUUUGUUAUUGACCCUCCAUCUCUCUUCUCUUAUCUUUGGAAGGGGGUAAAGUCAUUUGUUGAGCUUGCACCGUUGACCAUGGCGGUAUCUUCCAUUGACUUCGAAGAUCCUUUGGAGUUUAGCGACUUCAACGCCUAUCCCAAAGCUGCGUCCCACAGAUUCAGCAGCACCCCUUCAUCAACGGCCCAGAUUGGCCCCUGCUCUUCCUCCAGAUUCACCUUCACGGUUUCCCGCCAUUUCGAUUCCCUCAAGCCUUGGAAUCUCACCUUCACCGACACGUCAGCGGCCAAGCUCGGUCCAGUCAUCUCCCCCCUCAACGGUCGGUCCAUGUCAUUCGCGUCCCCGCUGGCCAGGACGCCACGCGGCGGCACGGGGACGGCCAAGAUGGGGUUCUUUCCAUCCACGCCGUUGCCGCGAAAGAGUCAGCAGGAGUUUGAUUCCACGACGACUCCACAUCAGAGGGCUGCCAGGCUGUCUUUCUUCCAGUCGCCGGCUUUGUUUUUCAAAAGGGAGUGCCACGUCAGCCGGGCUGACAGGUCACGUGAGUCGUUCGUGCCGUUUUUGAAGUUCUACCGCCGACCGUACGAUGAGAUGAGUUAUAGGUCAAAGAUGAGACCACCCCUAGGUGGACUGAUCGCCAUCGUGCCACCUCAUCUCAAGCGUCGCCACGUGUCAGUCUCCCAAAGGUUUUGAUGAUGAUGAUGAGGAUGGAAUUUUUUAUUUAAUUUAAAGUAUAAACUUGAUCGAACGGUGGUACAUAGAGUUUUGAAUAUAUUGAUCAAUUACCAUUACCAUAUGAUUAACAAACAAACUUUGUUACCCGGAAUUGUUUAGUUCAAUUUUUGUUCAUUAAAAUCCAUCUGGAAUUAAUAAACAUCUGGGAUGGACUUGGUAUUACACUCUUUAUAGACCGCA